GCAUUGAAGCAGCGAGAAAGAGACACACACAGCCCCACCUCCAACCCCCUUCCCCUGACCAAGAGCUAGGGGCCUGGCUCGCAGCCUCCGCGGGGCUGGAAGCCCAGAACCUAGUCAAAGAAGCUAGUGGCAGUCGGACUCUCAGGCUUGAGAUCUGAUGUCCCAGAGCCUUCAGUACCACGGUCCCGUCCGUAGCACUUUGGUGCCGCCGCUGCAGCGCUGACCGCGCUGGCAACCCACCCUCCCGGGAUACCCGUCAGCUGGGUGGUCCCCGGUCUCGUGCGGCCUACGCUCUUCUCCGGGGACCCGCUCUGAGGACCCCUGGGACUCAGGUGGCCCGUUCGUGGGUACAGCUGCCGUGCUGACGCGCUGCACCUAAACCCCGGCCUGGCUGUGGACAAGGACCGAGAGGGAAGGCGGGGGCCGCGACUUGCACGGUGGAGAUACCCUGUGCAGAACCUUAGAUUCCCGGCGGGCCUGGGGAGCAGAGAACCGGGGGACACCUCGGACCUAAGGCUGGGCAGCCCCGGACUGGUAACUGGUGAAGCAGAGUGGCCGAAGCAGCAAACUCGGGCACGGGUGACUGUGGGCUGCUGUAGUCUAUCUCGCUUGCUGGGAUCAUACGGAUGGGGUCAGCCUGGAGCCCUGAAGCUUGGAAGGGGAUUCUGAUCAAUUUCAGAAAAGCGUAGGGGUGAGGCCAGAGGACGUGGUGGCAUACACCUGACUUCUCGGGAUUUGGGAGGUGGAGGCAGGGGGAGUAGGCGCUCAAGGUCAUUCUCUACUGCCUAACGUUGGGUUGCAAGAGAGAAAAAGAAAAGAGAAGAAGAAGGAAAGAAGAGAAAAGAAAAGAAACAAGGCCUGGAGUGUCUGCCAGUCUUCAGAAGAGACCCUAGAAGCCAGCAGCUACUACUUCUGUUUAAAACAGAGAUUAUGUCUCUAGAACAGUUCUGCUCUCAUGGCUGCACCCUCUCCCUCCAGCUCUAGCCUCUGUGAACGGCUUCACCAGGACAUGAUCCUCGAGGAAGAACAAGCCAGUUCUUGCGAUUCUGGAAUCAUGGCUCAUAGUACGGUGAUGUUCAGAGAUGUGGCUGUGGGCUUUUCUCAGGAAGAGUGGGAGUGCCUGAGUGCCUACGAGAGGGAUCUGUACAGAGAUGUGAUGCUAGAGAACUACAGCCACUUGGUGUCACUGGCAGGAUGUUCCAUUUCUAAGCCAGAUGUGAUCACCCUGUUGGAACAAGGGAAGGAGCCGUGGAUGAUUGUGAGGGCUGAGAAGAGAAGGUGGAGCCGAGAUCUGGAAUCCAGAUACAGCAGUAACGGGUUACUUCCAGAAAAGAAUACUUACGAAAUUAAUCUAUCUCCGUGGGAAAUAAUGGGAAGAAUUCAAAGGCGUGGCCCCGAAGACUCCCUUUUGGGGAAAGACUUUGAAUAUAAAAUAUAUGAAGAACAAGAGAACUCUCAUAGGGUAUAUUUCAGACACGUGAUAAAAACCACCUCUGGAAAAAGACCUCGGUACAGAAAACGCACACCUGUUAGUCUCUAUCAGAAAACUCCUAACGGAGAAAAGCCCUACGAAUGUGGGGAGUGUGGGAAGGCUUUCAAAGUCCGCCAACAACUUACUUUCCAUCAGAGGAUCCACACCGGCGAGAAGCCCUACGAAUGCAAGGAAUGUGGCAAAGCCUUCCGACAGUGCGCCCACCUCAGUCGCCAUCAGAGGAUCCACGCCUCUGACAAGCUCUAUGAAUGUAAGAAGUGUGCAAAGAUCUUCACGUGUAGCUCGGACCUUCGAGGGCAUCAGAGGUCUCACGUGGGCGAGAAGCCCUACGAUUGUAAAGAGUGCGGGAAGGCCUUUCGAGUCCGUGGACAGCUCAUGCUCCACCAGAGGAUCCACACCGGUGAGAAGCCCUACGCAUGCACGGAGUGCGGCAAGAGCUUCCGGCAGGUAGCGCACCUCACUCGGCAUCAGAGGCUCAACAGUGGCAGCUCACGCCACGAGUGUAAGGAGUGCGGCCGGGCUUUCCUGUGCAGCACGGGCCUCCGGCUGCAUCACAAACUGCACACGGGAGAGAAACCCUACGACUGCAAGGAGUGUGGGAAGGCGUUCCGGGUGAGGCAGCAGCUCACCCUGCACGAGAGGAUCCACACCGGCGAGAAGCCCUUCGACUGCAAGGAGUGCGGGAAGACCUUCAGCCGCGGCUACCAUCUCACCCUCCACCAGAGGAUCCACACUGGGGAGAAGCCUUACGAGUGUAAGGAGUGCCGCAAGUUCUUCCGCCGGUACUCGGAGCUCAUUUCCCACCAGGGCAUUCACAUCGGGGAGAAACCCUAUGACUGCAAGGAGUGCGGAAAGGCUUUUAGGCUGUUCUCCCAGCUGACUCAGCACCAGAGCAUUCAUUUUGGUGAGAAGCCCUAUAAAUGUAUGGAAUGUGAGAAGACUUUCAGACUCCUCUCACAACUGACGCAGCAUCAGAGCAUUCACACGGGCGAGAAGCCUUACGAUUGUAAGGAGUGCGGGAAAGCCUUUCGCCUCCACUCGUCUCUCAUUCAGCACCAGAGAAUCCACUCUGGCGAGAAGCCGUACAAAUGUACGGAGUGUAAGAAGGCCUUCCGUCAACACUCACACCUCACCUACCAUCAGCGAAUUCAUAAGAAUUUGUAAGGACCCUUCUACGAAUCCUUGCCUUGCAAAUGUACUAAGGAGCAGUAGGAAAUCAGAAAAUUCUAGAAGAAAAAAAGGUUUGAAUCCUUAUUUUGCUGUGUUCAUAAGUAACAGCAUAAAAGGUCAAAGGAAAAAAAUGGUAAACUUUUGGAAAUUCUUUCGUAAAUGUAUAAAAGGUAUUUUGUCUUACUGUACACCUACCUAAGGGCAUAGUCAGGGUACCAACUCAUUUUGAAAAUUAAUAAAUAAAAAGAAUUGUCGUUUAGCCUGCAUAAACUCUCCGAGUGACUGAAAGUGGUUGAGGUACACAGUUCUUAGAGUGUUUCAUCAGAAUCACGCAGAGUCAUAUGGAAUUAAGAAGUUGUAUCAGGAAAACCAUUGUGUAAUAACAUACAGUGGAGCAGCGAUUCUCAGCCUGUGGGUCCCGACCCUCUGAGGGUAGAGCCACCCUUUCUCAGGAGUCACCUAGGACCAUCGAGACACAGAUUCGCAUUAUGAUCCAUUACAGUAGCAAAAUUACAGUUAUGAAGUAGCAACACGUGAUUUAAUGGUGGGAGUCACCACAGCAUGAGGAACUGUAUUAAAGGGUCACAGCGUUAGGGAGGUUGAGAACCACUGCUCUAGAAUUCAGCCAUGAUAGACUGGCUUGUACUUGGUAGUGAAUAGGUCAGGCUGCCAGGAUGUGAACCUACUGAUCCGUCUUGCCACCAGUGUAGCACAGUAAAGCGUCCCGUGUCUUCCACUGCGACAUUGUGAUAUUCCCACCUAACUCAACGCACCAAACCUCUAAAUCAAUGAGACAACCACCAACAUUAAAAAAAAAAAAAAAAAAAGAGUCAAAAAACAUAUAAUCUAGGCCAGAUCUUCACAAUCUUUCUUGUGUGUUUUUUUUCUACGUAUUCAAGAGUGAAGUGAAUUUUGUUUGUAAACUUAAAAAAAAAACUUUCUUAAAAGUAAUAAAGACAUUUUUACAGGUA